AUGUGGAGGUACUGUUGGUGCAAUUCUGACAUGUCCACUGGAAGUUGUGAAAACACGAUUGCAGUCCUCCUCUGUGACUCUCUACAUCUCUGAAGUUCAUCUCAACACUGUGAAUGGUGCUAGCGUCAAUCGAGUAACUAGAGUUUCUCCUGGGCCUCUCCAUUGUUUGAAGAUGAUCUUGCAAAAGGAAGGUCCUCGUUCUCUGUUUAGAGGGCUGGGUCCUAAUUUAGUAGGUGUUGCUCCUUCCAGAGCGAUAUAUUUUGCUGCUUACUCAAACUGCAAGGAAAAGUUGAACAAUAUUUUCAAUCCAGAUUCCACCCAGGUACACAUGAUUUCAGCUGGUGUGGCAGGUUUUACUGCAAUCACAACAACUAAUCCUAUCUGGCUAGUAAAGACACGAUUACAGCUUGAUGCAAGGAAUCGUGGAGAAAAGCGAAUGAGUGCUUUUGAAUGUGUCCGAAAAGUUUAUCGAUCAGAUGGUGUUAAAGGCUUUUACAGAGGAAUGUCUGCAUCCUACGCAGGCAUAUCGGAGACUGUUAUUCACUUUGUUAUUUAUGAGAGUAUUAAGAGAAAACUGCUGGAGUAUAAGACUGCUUCUGCCAUGGACAAUGAGAAUGAAUCGGCAAAAGAAGCUGCGGACUUUGUUGGAAUGAUGAUGGCUGCUGCCACUUCUAAAACUUGUGCAACGUCAGUAGCAUAUCCCCAUGAGGUUGUACGAACAAGACUAAGAGAAGAGGGAACAAAAUACCGGUCUUUCUUCCAGACAUUAUCUUUGCUUGUGCGAGAAGAAGGGUAUGGAUCCCUCUACCGAGGUUUAACCACGCAUCUGAUCAGACAGAUUCCAAACACGGCUAUCAUGAUGUCAACCUAUGAAGUGGUAGUCUACUUGCUCGAUGGAUAGCAGCGUCACAAGUCUUCCUAGAAGAAGGUGGAAGAUUGAAAGACUGGAGUGGACCACGGAAUGUCAGUGCCAACGUGGUGGGCAAAAGGACUGUUAUAUCAGGAACGUGCAGCUAUGGACAAAACAGGAGGUUCAUUGUGGGCAACUGUGAAUAAUUUUGCUGCCUUAUUGUGUGGUCUCUUGGCAACGUGAGAAAUGGGAACUGCCCUUUAGGGAAUGCCCUUAGGCAUCUCUUAAUUCAAA